AAUAUUUGCUAAGGCGUAGGUCAAUGUGAACCACAGAAUACUUAUUUUCUGUUAAAAUAGUCCAACCGAUAACGAAAGUGAUAACUGACAAGUAUACUAUAUACUAAUAUCUAAUCUGUGAGUGAUAGCGAAGAGAUAAUAAUAAUAUAAUCACAAUAAUUAAAUUAUAAACUAAAGACGGAAUGUAAUUUUGGGAGGGUCUCUUUUCGAUUUACGAAUAAUGGCAUGAAACUGAAACCCUUAUAACUUAAAGUUAUAUACCUAUAAUUUAUCAUUACGUUUCAAUAAUUCUAUCAUACAACCUAACAAUACCUGGUAAUUGUAAAAUUCUAAUUGUUAUGAAGCGAAAAAAUAUAUGAAAAUACAGAAAUAAUCAUGAGUAAUUUUGAAAGUACAGAGGCCCUUGCCUCCUUGGAAAUGGUUAUGUUAGAGUUUAAUGCACCUACUACAAAUAAUUUUAGAAAAAGAGAAAUUGAGUUGAUGCUUGAAAGUUUUUUUAAUAAUAGAGAAUCAUGGAAACAUUGUUUGUUAUUUUUGCAAAAAUCUCAGAACCAAUAUGUGCUUAUGCUAAUAUUAACUACUCUUGAGAACAUUAUCAACAGACAGUGGUAUUAUUUAAGUGAUGAUGAGAAAGUUGAAAUUAGAAUGACAUUGUUGUAUGAACUGACAGCUAAACAUGACAAGAUGUUGUACUAUAUACGAAAUAAAUUAGCUGCCCUAAUUGUUGCUAUAGCCAGGAAUGAUUGGCCGCAUCUUUAUCCAGACUUUUUCAACAACAUUGUGGAGCUUCUAAAAUAUGAUGGCCAAAGAUGUAUAGUCGGUUUGGUGUUGGCCCAAACAGCUAGUGAAGAAUUAGGUGCUGCUAGAGAUACCGGUGUAUUACUCCCUUCUGCACGGCGAAGUCAAUUGGAGAGGUUAAUGCUUAAGGGAAUGCCACAAAUGCUUGCAGCUCUUAACAAUAUUCUGGAAAAAAAUGCUGAAAAGGAAGGUCAGUCUAAUCCACCUCCUUCCCCAACUUCUGGCAUGCCACAGACUUCAGCUCUACCAGAUUUACUUGCUAAUGCCCAUGAUGUACAAUCAAAUGAAAAGAACAUGAACAUGGAGAUAGUAGUUAAAUGUCUCACUACAUUACAGCAUUUAUUCUCUUGGCUUCCGCUGUCAUCUCAUGUCCCACCAUCUCUAGUCACAACUGUUUUCUACUGGGGAAGUACAGCCACCCAGUCUCAGAGCGUAGAGGCAGCGUUAGCGGGCCUGGGUGGGGUGUGUGAGUUGCUGUACAGACGAUACGCGCCACCAUCUUCCGCGGCAACUGCUUUGCGUUUACAUCACUGCGCGUUACGCCUGUUGCGUCAUCUCACGCACAAUCCACACAACAUGCAGAGAACGCAUCACGAGUAUUUAAAUAAGUUAUCGGAAUUCUUAAAGUUAUUUGUCUCGUUGCAUUUCAAAAGACUUGAAGCGGAACCCGAAUUUGACGCUAUAGAGUUCUUGUCAUAUUUGUUCCAGUUUACAUUCCAGGUGCCGACGUGUGAAACGUUUAUAAGCUGUUUGGAUAUAUGGCUACAAUUUAUUGAUGUGUUAAAACCUGAAGAUACUGCCAAGUAUUGGGAGGCUCUUCAGGCGCUUGUAAUCGGUAUUCUAAACAAGAUACAGUUCCAGCAUAAUAAAGCGCAAUUACAGCACCUCGACAAUGACGUUUGUGAUGACGAUGGUGAAACUGAAUGGCAGACAUUUUUAAAACACUGCAUCGAAUGCAUUGCUCGAGUGGCCGAUUUAGCUUCGUUGGAAGUGUUCACAGCUGUGAUGGAGCGUUGGCAAGGCUUAGCAGGCGUACACGCACGUCUAGUAGGACGUGGCGCGGGGGCUGCGGUCGCGGGAAACGCGCCCGACGCAGAUCGAAUGCUAGCGGCACUUCUGGACUUGGCUACUCUCACAAGGUUACUGGGAAGGUUGGCACCGGCCCUGUUGAAUGAUGCCGAAAGCGAGGGGGGUGCUAACGCAGCUCGCGGCGCAGCGGGUGCCGCGCUAGUGGAACGGUGUGCGCACGCGUUGUCCGCCGCCGCACUCACGAGACCGCAUCAGACCGCACCGCACGCGCACGCACACGUUACUCUUCACGCAGAGAUGUUCGCCUGUAUGGGUGCGUGGUGCUGCUACGCGAGUGAAUGCAACGUGCCCUUACAUACAAUGGAGGGACUGUUCGCCGUUGCCGUGCCUUUUCUCAUACCACAUGAAGUGCCGGAACCGCCAUUAUUGUGUCACGCGGCAGCUCAUCUCCUGCUAAGUUUAUCAAAGAAUGUGAAGUUUUCAAGAGAUCCUAUUACAUUGUGUGGAGAUCUUUAUCAUCAUGCAGAGAGAUCUUUACACUAUCUAGAACCAAAGACGGCCGGUGUAGUGCGUGAGGCUCUAGUGGCAAUGGCCUUAUCUAGAGGCCCCAGUGGUGUGGGAGCGGGUGGUGACGCGGCAAGGGCUCUGAUUUCGUCGUGGGCCGGGGCUCUAACAACCGCAGGGCCUAAGGUUGCGUUGCCUCCGCUUACUGAAUUGCUGCACGCGUUCGCUGAUGCGCCAACUAAUUCUAAAAAGAUAAUAGCGGAAAGCAUGUGUUGGGCUGCGGAAAGUGCUCUCCGUAUGUUAUGUGAGCCGAGUUGGUCGGCUGCUGAAUCGGAAAUUACGGCGUUCUUCCUCGCAUUGUUCACAGCCCUAUUGCCACAACUUGGCCCCUUCUCUUACACCGCUAUUGAAUUGUUCUUGCAAGUUGCGCAAAAAGAAUCUGGUGACAACGAAGGUAGCUUGGAGCGGCUGGUGGAAUGCGUGCGGCUUGGCGUAGAGGCCGGUGGCAACGGCGUGCGCGUGCGUGGCGUGCUCGAUCUUCUUCACUCGCACGUGCUGCCUCGUGCUACGUUGCACGCGCCGGAACUUGUACGCGCCGCUCACAGGGCUCUUGCCAGUGUGCUAAUAUAUCGUUGGCGGUAUUUCUUCCCUUCCAAAUGCGAAGCGGAGGAAAGUGAGAGAAGGUUAACGGAGUUCCGUGGCGCGCUCACGGCCUUUGGACGCGCAUUGCUCUUGUCAGAUAUAGAACUACUACGACAUACGCUACGGACCCUUGAUCUAUUAGAUACUAAGUGGAAACUGUAUCAUAAGGCGAUAUUCCGUUCAGAAUUCAUGGGCGAGUUUUUGUCAGUACUACUGAGUGGUGUUUGUGAAGGCGGAGCGCGUGCGUUACUUCGAGACGAAGUAUUAGCAUGCGCACACGCAAUGGCCACAGUUGACUUCCCGACAUUUCGGACGGGCUUUCUUCCUCACUUUCUUGCCUCGCUGCCGGAUCUGGCAACAGAACACGUACAACAUCUAGCAGACUUCCCACCAGAUACGGAUCUGCCGACAUUCACACAGAACAUUCUUCGUCUUAUGAAUGACGUAAACUGCUAUCGUGCGUACAGAACACUUUCGUUGCCCUCUAUGGACGCCUAAAUGUCAUCGAAAAUUAUCUCGAAUUUUUAUACGUUUUUAAGGUGUAGCUUUAGCACAAUUUUAUUAAAAUACAUAUGUA